AAGCAUUCCUGAUCUAUAUCCCCAACUCACUCGUAACUCGUAAGUCAUAACAAGACAGCAAGCAAGGGAAGAACACCAGGUCACCAGCUAGGCGUACGUGCGGUGGGUGGGUGCAACCGUACGUGCAAGACUGCAAGCGAGCAGCUUACACUACACCGCGCCAUGAUGAGGCCAGGAGCGGAGUCGUUCCCGACCACGAGCCACGGCGCGCCCAUGGCGGCGCCCAACUCCCCGUGGCAGUCGCCGGUGCCGUACCUGUUCGGCGGGCUGGCGGCGAUGCUGGGGCUCAUAGCCUUGGCGCUGCUCAUCCUGGCCUGCUCCUACUGGAAGCUGUCCGGGUACCUCGACGCGGGGCGCGACCAGCGGGCCGCCGGAGAAGCUGGCGGCGCCGGCGCCGGCGCCGACGGGGAGAAGGGCUCGGCGACCGGCGCGGCCAGGCCGGCGGCGGGGGUCCGGGAGCACGUGGUGGUCAUCAUGGCCGGCGAGGACUGGCCCACCUUCCUCGCCACACCCGCGGCCAGCCGGGCCGUCGCGGAGCUCGGAGCCGACGCCGGCACCGUGAGCCGGAGCAGCGCGAGCGCGAUGGCGCUGGCCGAGUGAAUCGUUCGUUUUUUUUGGUCGUCGUCCCGGUUCUCAGUCCUCUUGCUGGAGCGGUGUGUUAGAUUUAGCUGCCGGUGGUGUAGAUUGUAGACGUGAUUGGUUGAGACUGGGGGUGUAAUUAAUGGGCCGGGGGAGAAGAAACUUGGAUGCGAGUUCUGAUCUGCCGACUUCGCCAUUAUUGUUGGAAGAAGAAUCGGCCAGAGAAAGCAGUGAUCUCCAGAGGUUCAGACUUGAGAAUUGUGAGACAAUGCAGCAGAGUUCCUGAUAGGCCAUGCUGCCCGGCCCUGCUGCCCCUGCUGUGCUAGCUGUCGACCCCAUGGCCCAUGGCCCAUGCACAAUUGCUGUGCUAGCAGUCCAGCAGGGGCACUCGUACUCUGUUCGCGCGUCACCUUUCCUGCAACAAGUAGUUUGCCAGCCUCACUGCCUAGCUUGUUGCAACAAAAAAUGCGCCCAAGACGGGAUCGUGAUCAUAAUAGCCUAGAGGUCAGGGAGCUGAGGAGGCAGUGUCCCCCUAGUGCAACCCGGCCGGAGCUGGAUCUCACCGGCGUUACUGCCUGGUAAUGGUAGUGACAAACUGACAAUUGAUAAUUUCCCAGGGGAGAAUCUGCCAUUUGCCAGGUCGCGUGGUGCCCUGAAGUCUGAACUCUGAAGAACACGUACUGUACUAGCUUGCGAGAGGGCAUGAAAUGGAUAGCUCGAUGCUGAUUCCUUAGUACGUAGUGAGUAGAUUCCGUAAAUAUCGUGGAAGGGGGCACCUGAAUGAAGCACGAUGGGAAUUUGGUUAGGAGCUGGGACGGCCCUGCUGGAUCAGAUUCAGAUGCCCUGCGCUGCGCCCAUAUGUGUGGAGGAUUCGAUUCCCCUUGUUGCCUCCACACUCGGGUCCGUCCUCAUCCUUGCCGGGUUCUACUUUCGUCAUGU